GCUCGGCUGAGGGAAGGCUUUCGUUUCAGUCCGGUCUGCAGCUUUCAGACUGACUGAAGCCAGCGGCGGCUCGCUGCCUUUGUUAGCUAGCUGGGAACGCACCAAGAAAGGACACAGCCGCAUCCAUGCAAUACUAGCACACUUUUUUUUUGGAAAAUGAUCAUCUGUACGAGUAAAAUGGAGUACCCCCUGAGAAACCAGUGCCAGCGAGUCCAGAAACAGGUAAUGGUGAAUGGUGAUUCAGAGCGGCUGUCGCUGCUGGUCAACAGGGGGAAUGCGGAUGCCGUGUCCCAGCAGAUGGCGUCUCACCCUAAGUACUUGGAGAGCUUCCUGCGCACACAGCAUUACAUCCUGCACAUGGAUGGCCCCCUGCCGCUGCCAUACCGCCAUUACAUCGCCAUCAUGGCUGCAGCACGUUAUCACUGUGACUACUUGGUGUACCUGCACUCAGCGCAGUUUCUGAGGGUGGGCGGGGAACCUCAGUGGUUGCAGGGUUUGGAGGCGGCACCCCCUCGCCUUCGCCUCCUUGACCACAUCAACAAGGUGCUGGCCCACCAACCCUGGCUCACCAGCUGUUCUCACAUCCAGACACUUCUAAAGGCGGGCGAGCAGUGCUGGUCGCUGGCUGAGCUGGUGCAGGCCGUGGUGAUCCUGGCCCACUGCCACUCCCUCUGCAGCUUUGUGUUUGGAUGCAACACAGAUGCAGACUUUGUCCCUCUCUCAUCCAAAUCUCCCAACGGUACUCCACCGACCUUCUGCCCCUUUGAUGCUGCCAACGGCAACGCCAACGUGCCUCAGUCCCUCGCCACUCCCUCCGAACACAUAACACGACGACGGUCUCUGGACUCCAGUUGUGACAUGAUGUGUCUGAAGGAGAGGAUCCAGAAGUCCCAGGAGGAGCGUGAAACGCAAACACUCCAGCAGACAGACAUGGAAGAGGAGAAGGAGAUGAUAUGCUUCGCAGAUGCUUCACGUUUUAUUACAGACCCCGACUUUUGCUAUCAGGAGUUUGCACGCAAGGAGGAGGACCACUUCCAAGUGUUCAGAGUUCAGGACUAUUCGUGGGAAGAUCACGGCUUCUCCUUAGUCAACAGACUGUAUUCGGACAUCGGGCACCUUUUGGAUGACCGGUUCAGGAGCGUAGCCAGACUCCCCCCGUUGCACAGCACCGACAUGAAGAGAGCGAUCUGGAAUUACAUCCAUUGUGCGUUAGGAAUACGCUACGACGAUUAUGAUUAUGGUGAAGUGAACCAGUUGCUGGAGCGAGAUUUGAAGCUGUACAUCAAGGCAGUGGCCUGUUUUCCGGACUCCACCAAAACUCCAGUGUGUCCACUGAGAUGGACUCCACUUAAAACUUCAGAACGGAUACACAUAAACUUACUAAUCAUGGAGGCCCGGCUGCAGGCGGAGCUGCUGUAUGCAUUGAGAGCCAUCACUCAGUACAUGAUUGCCUAAGUGGAAGGAAAAGCACGAUGCUAAAACUCUUGGCCGGUACAGAGAGACCCUGAGACACAAGGAUGAAGACAUCUGACGAGCAGCCGGUGACAUGGGACGAGAGCGGCACUUUUAAGGAAACAGCUGUAUUGUUUGCAGCUGUGCCUCUUUGAAUGUGCUCUCCUCUUCCUCAGAUCCAAUGUAUUUCAACCAUAGCGUGCCACACCCCUCCCCACCCCUCCUGCAACUCAUCUUAUUGUGAAGUUCUCUUAUCAGACAUCUUGGCUCUCGAAGGUUAUGUGCAAUUAUUGCUAGUUAUUUUAACUUUUACCUGUUGUCUUGUGUUCCAGUCGGUCGCAGCAGUGUGUUCCCAGUGGCCAACACUCUUUAGUUUGAGAAGUCUCCUUUUGUAUCAACUAUGCUUUUCCAAAAACGUAUAUCUUUUUCUACAUGUUGAAUGAAUGUUAAUGGGAGACCAGAUUUUUCCUUUUUUUGGACAAUCCUAGUCAGUGUUGGAGGAGGCCCGUGAAGGACGACUGUUUUGCUCUCCCUGACAUUUCGUAUUAAUGCUGGUCAAGAACAAAAACAACAGUGACACUGCUGGAAGUUAUUGCAUCACUAUAGUUUCUUUUAAUAAGCACUUUUUUAAACUUUAUAUAUUUAUAAUGCAAGGUAGCUAAUGAGUAGACAUUGAGACUGAGUUUGUGGGUCUCCACUCUGACAUGUCAAGUUUGACUGUUUGUCCUUGAACUUUCAGACUCUGCUUUUGUUUCCCAGCCCAGAUUUCUGAGUGAAGGUACGCGAUUCAGGAUAUUUCAGUGAAAUAUUGUUUAUUUUCAGUUUAGCUGUGAGACAGAGACGGAGUUUGAAAGUAAUGUUUGUGAAGAAAAAAAAAAAGAAAAUUAGUGAUUAAACUGAAGAGGUCAGUCAGCUGUUUCCUACAGCGAUGAUUAAGCUGAGCCAUGAGCCAUCCCCCCCAACCGCUGAUACGCUUCAGAGACGAUCAAAUCAGAGACUAAACUUUAGACCAAAGGUCAUUAAAGAGGCAACUUUUCACAAAAGGAAAGGCAUUAAUUGGAUAGAUUUAAAGUGCCUCUAGUCGAUUUACAGCAGUGAUGAUGAGUUCAGACUUUUUGCUCCGAGCUUUGUGUUAAAGGUUUUUUUUGUUUUUUUUUUGUGUCUGUUUGGUCAGUUGUUUGUGUGUGAGCUGUAUUGAGGCAGGUUAUCACAUCAGAACUCACGGUACAGUUAACAGAGCAGAGCAAUGUGCAGACUAGUUGUUAGAAACACCUGUAUCUUCGUUCUGUCUUUUCUUUUUACAGUUUUUGUAAACCUUUGGAGUACUUUUUUGCUUGUUUGUUUCUGGGUGUGACAGUACGAUGUACUCGCUGCAGCCUGGGUAGAUUUAGAGGUGUGACAGACUGUGUAGACUUAGAAUUAGUAACUGCAGGAUGUAGAAGAGAAACAAGUCCAUAUCGAGUAAAACAAAAAGCGCUGUUAACACAGGUGCCUUCAGGCUAAAACUGGAGUGCUGCUGAUGUGGAAGGAUGUUACAACUGGAGGCUGAACGUGGGCCAGACGCUUGCCGGGCGUGAAAGCUUCUCCUGUAUGAACAGAAAACAGUUUUGUUUUUUUUUUUCUUUCUUUCUUUCUUUCUUGGUGUCGGUCAACACCGGUUCUGAUAAACGUUGCAGCUGUGAACACCCACGUUUUCUAAUGGACACCUUCUACAAGCCCCAGCAACUCAGCAAGAGCCUUUGACACAGAUGGAUGUUAAAAAUAUUCAACUUUAAAAAAAAAAAAAAAAAA